AUGCCACCUCUAACCGGCGCCCAAAUAAUCGCUCGCUCUCUUCACAACUUGGGAGUCACCGUCAUAUUCGGCAUUGUCGGCAUCCCCGUGGUGGAAAUCGCGGAGGCAGCGAUCAAUCUGGGUAUUAGGUUUAUUGCGUUUAGAAACGAACAAGCCUGCAGCUAUGCGGCAAGCGUUUAUGGGUACAUGUCAGGCAAACCUGGAGUGUGCUUGGUUGUGGGUGGGCCGGGAGUUUUGCAUGCCAUGGCUGGGAUCGGAAAUGCCUCUGUAAACACAUUCCCACUACUCGUCCUGGCCGGGUCAGUGGAAUCGCACAUGAUAACUAAGGGAGGUUUUCAAGAAAUGGAUGCCAUCUCACUCCUCACGCCGCACACCAAGCUUUCCGUACGGCCUCCAUCGCUAGAAUCAGUGACCAGUGCGAUUCGGAACGCAUAUAGAACAUGUUGGUAUGGCAGGCCAGGACCCACCUUUAUCGAUCUCCCUGCAGACUUGAUUCAAGGGAAAACUGCCGCGGGAUUUGCAUUGCCGCCGUCCGAGCAUACUCUUGUCCCACCUCCGCCUAAACCCAGCGGUGAUCCAGCGGUUGUAUCGAAGGUGGCGCAGUUAUUACAAGCAGCACGUGCACCGCUCAUCGUUAUUGGGAAGGGUUCAGCAUAUGCACGAGCGGAGUCUUGUAUCCGCGAGUUUGUAGAGAGGACGGGCAUACCCUUCCUACCAACCCCGAUGGGUAAGGGAAUGAUACCUGAUUCGCAUCCACUUAACACAUCGAGCGCACGAAGCACAGCAUUGAAACAUGCAGAUGUCGUUCUUCUCUUCGGUGCCCGGCUGAAUUGGAUUCUCCAUUUUGGAGAAACACCCCGCUGGUCCCGCUCCGUCAAGCUUAUCCAGGUGGAUAGUAACGCGCAGGAGAUCGGACACAAUGCUGGAGAUGCGGAGCUGGGGAUAGUUGGUGACAUCAACUUGGUAGUUCAGCAGCUUCUCUCGUCUCUGUCCGGUUGGCAGUAUAAGCCUGCAUCCGCUACAUCGCCAAAUUCAUACCCAUCCCUCCUCGCCGCCUCUGCUACGAAAAACGAAAAUGCUGCACAACAAAAGGCCCUUCAACCUACUAAACCCAACGAAUUCUUAACCAUCCAACGUGCCUAUCACAUUAUUAAGACUACUCUAAACUCCCUCUCGCCGCCGGAACAGGGCGACAUCGUCUAUGUCUCCGAAGGCGCUAACACAAUGGACAUCUCACGCUCCUCUUUCCCGCUGGAACACCCGCGGCAACGCCUUGAUGCGGGAACAUAUGCUACGAUGGGAGUCGGGUUAGGCUACAUCGUCGCCGCGCACGCAGCGUACAAUAUCCCAUCAUCACCAGCCAGCACUAAUGCACCGAAACCAAAGAAGAUCGUGGCACUGGAAGGCGAUAGUGCGUUCGGGUUCAGUGCGAUGGAAGUCGAAACUCUUGCGCGCCACCGUAUUCCCGCGCUAAUCUUCGUCAUGAACAAUUCGGGCAUUUACCAUGGCGACACGAAGACAGAGGACGAGUGGAAGUCUCUACAGAAUGAGACCGUCAAUGAGGCCAAUGCGAAGAACGGGCUGCGAUCGACGAGUCUGCUCUAUGAAACGCGCUACGAACAUCUUGCGGCGAUGUGCGGCGGGCGGGGAUACUUUGUGCGGACAGAGGAGGAGCUGGAGAAGGCGACAAGGGAAGGGUUUUUGGAGGAUGAGAAGGUUACGAUUGUCAAUGUGAUUGUGGAGCCAGGGAUUGGGCAGUCGAUACAGUUUGGGUGGCAGGCGACCCAGGAGAAGGGGACUCCGGCAAAACUGUGA